CGGACCCCAACCGUUGUAAGACAGACUUUGGCUUGCUGUUCUUGUGGCUUCAUCAUAUUGGCGUCCUUGUGAAUAUACUUGUACAACUGGGCAGCAUCUAGAUCCUGAAGAUCCUGGACCUUUCAUGCGAGUUGAUCAGAUGAACGUUCUCGAACCCUUACUCCCCCCUAGUUUCCCCCUUUACUACAACAACAAAACGCUUCGAAUUAUUAUUGUUUCGAUUACUCGGUUAUUUUAGUUUUUCGAGUAUCUUGUUGCUUGAGCUUCGACAUGAUCAUCUUCAUCGGCGACCCUGAAAAUAUUACUAACCAGAAUGAGGGCUUCUCAGGUCGGUGCUGCAGCUGGUGCCUCCAUCCCGCCUGGCGCAAUGGGAAGCACAGCCACAGGGGACGAUAUGGAGCACGAUUUAGCGAUGGCAUUGAUUAAGGCUGGGCUUUUCUCUUUUCUUAUUUAUUAUUUGGUUUCUUCUCGUACUCGUUUUCAUCACUGGUUUUUAGAGCAGGGUUUAGUUUACUCUACGAGGACCUACAAUCUGACCUCCUCGUGCCUCUGUUGUUUUUCAAGUUUUUCAUAAUCGACAAUAUACCCUUUCUCCCCUGGUUUUUUCCGAAAGUAUCUGAUGGACUUCGUGCUGCUCAGGUAGUGUAUCUCUAGGUGUAGUAUUCCUCAUUUCUAGCACUGUUCUCGCCGCUUCAUCAAAGCUAGUUUAAGGUUCCUUCUCAAGAUUAACAAUGGCUUGAAGUAAUAGUGUCUUGACCUUCUCAAAUUAGUAGAAAGUGGAAAUACAUAUACAACACCUAUGAAUAUGAAAUGUAUUGCUCGCACUAAGGUAAAAAGGUCACUACAACCUGGCGGAGCACGAAAAUCGAGCGCCCCUAUAGGUGCGUUUGGCCGAAUGAGUCUGGCGCCUGGUAUGAAUGGCGGUACACAACAGGGACUACAUGUUAAGGCUCAAGAACAAAACAAUUCAGUCACUGUCACGUUCAAGUCAUUUCUUCUUCUGUUUCCUUCUUAGGAAGUAGUCGAGAAAGUAGUAUAUGAACCUAAACAUCAAGGUAGAACAAAAGUGAGUCUUCACUUUGAGCUCCCUCUAAGAAUGAUGUGAUGGCAGCAGGAGACGAGAUUUGGUCUCGAGGCGAGCGAUUACAACCAGGAGAAUUCUCAAAGAUGACAGAACGUGCUGUCCAACAGAAGUUCACAACGACUGCAACAAACAUGAUGUUUCAAAGGUUAUGUUGAACAAUUUCUCUUGGAUGAAUGUACUUUUUUUCAAGCUGUUUCUUUCAUCAAGUGGUAACUACAACUCCAACUACUACUAAGAACUUUAUAUAGUUUCAUCACAAGAACUUCUAGUUCUAUGUGGUUAUCUGUAUCACCUGAUAGCGCCGCACUGAUUUUUGAUUUUGAUAUAUACCCAGAUUGAUUCCUCGCUCCCUCUAAGAAUCGAUUACUACGCCAAACGAGCGGAGAACGCGGCUGCUGACCAUGUGCAGCCACCAAUGAGACCUCUGCCUAAUCAUCCAGCACGUACCAACCCCUUCAUAGCACCAGACGACUUUCCCCUUUCCUCGGACCCGCAACUGGCACAGCUUCCACGAAAAGCAGCGACUUUGACUAAAGUUAAGAACCUCUUGAUGAAGAACAAGAACUUAGAUGAGCUGAUUCCUCAUUUCCUCUACCGUACGCCCCGCCACAAUCAAAACUUUAGGAAGCGUUCGAGACGAGUAACUGUAGGAAGUCCGCAACUUCUAGCACAGCAGCUUCCACUAGAGUACUAACUCAUGUUCGUUGAUCAUGGAUUCCAAGAAUUAACCUCUAAAACGGGUAUGGCGCAGAUAGUUCUGGUAUUGCAGCAACUUGGGUACCAACUACCAGACAACAAGCUUCCAGCGUUUAUCGAGAAAGAACUGGCGUCCUUUCUAGGAGAAAGCACGACAGUAACGGAAAGAAACGAAAAGGACGAAUUUGAACUUCAUGCAGAGCUGCAGGCACAUCAAGAGUAUGGCAGCGAUCCCCGUGGCAACCCUUUUUCGGACGCAUUUUGGGCACGCUUACAAAGGGACACUGCAUCCAGAAUGAAGACUGAUUAUGAAGAAUACAGUUUUUUAGUUUUUUCUCCCAUUUGAUGAACGUCCCUUUUCGUCUUCCACCUCUUAAAAGAGAGAGAAAAUGUCUAUACAAACACGUUUAGGCUUUGAUGAAUCUUGUCAUUGAUAGACGUUUAGGCUUUGAUGAAUCUUUUCAUAUUUUUUUGUUUCCUAGAUAGGCGUGCUCCACCGAUCUAUACAAUCAAGUCAAAAGGGUGCCUCUGCCUUGAUGGUCCUCUGUUCUAGAGGUAGAGCGGAGGAAAAACAACAGCUUCAUUCUUUCAUACUGAUGAUCCCGCAACCGCACUCUCGAAAUUGAAGUUGAUUUUUGGGCAGAACCAAAAGGCAAUGAAAGCAAACAAAGCGCAAAAAAAAAGGGACGAGCAACUUACUUUAUGAUUUCUGAUACAACAAGAAAAAUUUUCAUCGAUAUCGUCCUCUCAGGUUCUCAUCCUCACUACUUCUCCUCACUACUUCUCCUCACUACUUCUCCUCACUACUUCUCCUUACUACUUCUCCUCUCUACUUCUCCUCUCUACUUCUCCCCACUAGCUACGCAGCACUAUUGAACAACACCAAAACUCUACAACUACGCACUUCUAACCCACUGCAACAAAUUGUAAUUACUCGUACUCAACAACACUCUCCAUCUUCUAAGCCUCAAAGAUGUUCUUCGCAGUGGUGCUGGCACGGGUGAGGGACUGGGCGCGUUGCUGGGUUCGCAAGGCAAGAUGGGCUCACGUAGAGGCGUGUUUGACGGCUUAAGGGGGCCACUUGUUGAAGAUAGUACAACUCAUCUAAUUUCAUUUCUAAUACCGGUGUGAAGCAGCUGAUUGAACGUGGAUUACGAGUUUAGUCAUUCUCAAAAGAUUGAUUCUGAAGAAAUGAAGAGAAAGGAACCUGCUUAAGAAAGGAACCUUAACCUAUUGACCUGAUCUAAACAAAGGCAUAGGUUCCGACACGCUGAAGGACCAACCUGUUUUUCGGACAGCUCGUGAACGUGCUCAGAUUGGAAAGUGGGCAAGAAGAGAACACGCGAAAGUAUAUUUGAGGACGUUUAUGGGAAUGAAGGUGUUGAUUGAUAAUUGUGAGUCUGAGUACUAGAAGUACCUACUUAGUACUAGUUAGCACAUCAACAUCAACAUAAAAAAGUUGUUUUUGAAAUAUCAAUAUGAUAGUUUCCAAUAAUUUUCCUCUUUGCUCUGGUCCUGUUGUUUCAACAUCUGGGGAUGCUCGUUAACGUGAUUCAUUUUACAAUUCAAAUCUAGUACAAGAACAAACACAUUUUUAUAGGAUGGUACACAUAGCGCCUCCUGCUCUUUCUGUACUGCUCCUCCAUCUCUAUCAAUAUGAUCUAAUACCUGGCGUAUCGAGAUGGGUAUAACCUCUGUUCUCCAAGACCGAUUUGUUGUCUGUAAACAGUUGAUGCGUGCAGAGACUCGCUACGCCCGAUUAUGCAAGGAAGAGAAGCGGCAGCUGUUUUUGAUGAGAAAAAUGCGAGAGCACAGUACGAAUGGCGGAGGACAUCGCGUACUAGCAAGUGGCUUUGGAGGCGAUGCUGCUUUUGAUGAAGCGCUAUUUUUUGAUUAAGAGGAGGAUUUUAUUUUUAGGUUUACCAAUCCGCCUUGAAAUAAGUAUAUAAAAACAGAAACCGCAACGGAGAACCCUUGUUCUUUCUUUCAUCCCUGUGGGCCGAAGUAGAUCGAUGGUCCUCGAAUCGGGGAUCGGCAUUGACUCAAGCCUAUCUAUCAUGUCGAUCGUGAGAACAACUACGAUAUUUUUCUGUCAAAGAAGUGACCUUCUAAUACAACAAGCGUGGUCGAGGUGGCAACGGAGGGAGUAGCGGAUACGGGCAUAGGAAUAUAGAGGAGCGAGAAGCUUUCAGCAUCUUAGCCACUGGUUUACGCCUCGCGGAUAAGACAUCGCAGAAGACCGAGUUGACAGAGGAAAUGGCCAAGUUGCGCCAACGCGACGCUGAGCUAAUCGAGGCCUUUAUUGACCUAGAAAUGCGCACCAGACAGGCAUAUCGAAUGGGUUUGGCCUUAAGGGAUGCAUCAACUUGACUUGACCUUUCCAUGAGCAUAUCUAGUUGUUCUAGGCCCAUAAUGUAGUCGAGAAGAACAAAAGGUUUACAACUAGAUAUGUGUAUGUGAGAUGAUAGAUCGGUCAACUUGCCACCCCUAAUGGUCGUGAUGAUGCCAUCUUCAGGGGGGUCGCAAUCUUCUACCAAGUUUAAGUACAUGACGAUGCAAGAGGAGGAACAGUGCUCGAUCACACUGUCAGCGGUGACGAAGAAAAAGCGGCUUUUGUUAAGGCUACAGUGGGCGCAUCUUCCCAAGCAACUUCUACGUGGUGUUGUUCCAUUUGUUGUUCCCUUUUCUCAUCAAGAGAAAACGGGCAUCACGAUGCUCUUGCCGAUCAUGGUUUUUUGGUAGCUCUAAUUUCAACCAUGCUCCUCGACCUCAUGGAUGAGCUGCGACGUGUCCGACGUGAGUAUUUCGAUCGGCAGAAGUACUUGAUUGAGCACGCUGGUGUGCAAGGUGCAGCACGGCAGAUCGGAAUAGACGACUGGGAUGACAUUUUGGACAUUGCGGGUGGCACUGCCGCAGCAUCUCAGCUUUUGGCUCAGCCACACUCACUAACUUUAAGGCUUAAUACGUACCGUAAUUCCUGUACAUGCUACCUAGGUCCAGCGACGCUUAAAGCACAAAAAGAAAAACAACCGGAUUUCUCUCGUUUUCAUCCUAGGUUAGUCCCUACAAUCAAAGGAUCAAUGCGCACCGUAAUUCUUUAUGUACAUGUUGUUUAGAGGAAUCUUUCUUACUUUAUUAACCUCUUUGACUCCCUUUUACAACAGCCGUAAUUGUUUCUGAAUCAGAAGCAUCUUACUUACUUCUUUGACCACUCCAUUUACCUUUUAUUUUUGAAGCUGUCUGAGGACGAAAGACACGCCCCUUUCAAAGUUGAAAACACCUACACGUCAAAGUAAGAUGGUUCUCUUCAUCAAGGUGAGUGAGUGACUAUACAUAGGUAAAGCUCUAACAACCGCAACACUGCACAAGUUUUUGCGUUUGCAGAAUCGAAAUCACAACAGAUUGCAGUUGCCCGGUGUCGGAAACAGUGCUGCUUACGGCGCAUUGAUUUUAAUUGUACCUUAUUUCGCUUUGGUACAUUCGAUCUACACUUUCUUUCGAUGUCAUGAUCGGAUUUUUCAAGAGUGAUGGUGGAAUAAGUAGUAGCGAACUAUGAGUACUUCUACUUUUUUCCUAUCAUCUUGUUCCUUCUAGAAACAACAAAAAAUAACAAUACGGUAAAGGUAAAAUUGUAAAGCUUCUACUACUACGUUGUACUUAGUAGGUGGGCGUGGGAACAAGUUGCAUGCACCAAAAGAGAUUGAAAUACACCAUGAUCGUCCACUCCCAGCACUAUCGAAGGCAAAUGAAUAUUUUCCAAUAAGUUACACUAUGAUCAAGCACCACCAUGAUCGGCCAUUUCCACACCCUCCACUUCCAUACUUCCACCCCUUUCUAAUCUCUUCCAUCUUGGUUGGCAGAAAGGGAACGUACUCAAUUGAUCAAGGAGCUGGAAGAGGAUCCUAUUGGUCGUAUGCUUCUGGCGCCGGUUCCUCACGACAAGGUCGCACUGCAAGGAGAACAGCAGAGCCUUGUAAGUUAAGCUUUUUUCGGAGAUUUUUCAUCACGAUCAGGAAAAGUGGAAAUAAAAUGGAAUUUUCAUCAGGAUCUUUGUGACUUUGUACAACUUCUUGUUCAGUGUCUUUUCCUCAAGGAAAAACAGUUCUUCAACACAGGAUAACGUAUUUAGAUGAAGAUUAAACAACAUGAUUUAUAAGCAUGGAGAUAAGUAGUACCAACAUGAUAUGCAUAAAAAUUAAGCGCCAUAAGCAGCAUAUUGAGCUUAAGCUUAAGGUACUAAAUCUAAAGACUAGACUUUUUAUAAAGAUCAUCUUCAAGGAGUAGAUCCCCAUCUUCUUCUAACCUACGUUGCGCCGCGAGCUGAUCGAGUUCGAGACUGGGCAAUUGGAAGACACAGGAGAGGUGACACAGCUGAUCACUGUCAUCGAGGACAAAUUACACCAUAUCGAUCACCGUUUAGGCUAUUUGAGAGUCAAAUCAGAAAAAACUGCAGGAAUGGUUAAGGCUUCUACUUUUGUCCUAUAAUAAUUCAUCUACUCCGACCGCAGGCGUACUUGUUACUAGGGAUCUGGAUCCCUCAAUAUAAGUACCUAGUACAACUACGCGGUAGGAAAGAUUGUAUAUCUUGGCGUACCUCCUUGAAGGAUCGUACUUCUUCUUGUAGGCCGCGGAAGGAUCCCUCGUUCAGGUCGUGUGAUCGAUUAUCGGUGACGAGCAACCUCUAAUGCAUGUCCUGACUCACGUGUUGUGUGGACACCUUACGGCAUGGCACCUGCUGAGCAAGGAGAAGAUCUCGAUGCAGAAGAGAGGCGUUUGCAGCAACGUCUCGCAGAGUUACAGGGAGUUCGACAAGCGACUACGCUACAGUACAACUAUCACACAUACAUAGUGAAUUAGUAUUAGAGCAGCUGUAUUCAUCUCUUUUUUUGUAAUCUAUAUCUAAGUAGUGGGAGUCCGAGUCCGAUAGGCGAUUAAUACGCAACAGUACAGAACCAUCAUUUUUUUAUACCUAAGUCCGACAGGCUCGGGCGACUGCGCAACGGUACCCCUUUCCUUUUUGCUCAAUCUUUGAUUAUACUUAGUAGACCAGCUGGCUCUUCAUGGAGAACAAAUCUUCUACAACUUUCACCCUGCUCGAAGUAGACUAACUGUGAGGAGUAAAAAACUUGUUACCGACCAACUAGACUACAUCAUGUAAAACGAAAACGUGAUGAUGUACAAACUUGUUUUUAUUGUACCUACGUCCGUAGAUGCUGAUAUUUUUACCGAUACAACUUCUCUCUUAACUAAGACUCUUUAAAAACAUCUCAGGCGCGGGAAAAAUAUUGUCGAGGCGAGGCCGGAUCAAACAGAAGCGAGGAGAAAUCUGCGCCAGGCCCUUGUGGAGACCGGAAAGUUACGACGUCAACAACCACAUACUUUUUACUCUUAGACUAUGUAAUUAUAUCUUGUUCUUCUAGUAGUACCGUGAAAGUAAACAAGUUGUCCGUCGAAGUUGUUCUUCUACCGUCAUGAUCUAUGUAAUAUCUUGUUCUUCUCCCGUCAUGAUGUAUCUACUAUAUCGCGUCGUGGUACAGCAUAGUGCAGCUAUUAGAAUAAGUAAUAUCUUGUUUUAUCCUCGUCGUCAUGAUCAUGUAUCUGCAACUACUUCUAUCUUCAAUUCGUGUUCCACUUCUAUCGCGUUGCAUUUGCACUUACAUGUGACGAGGCAACCACGCACUGUACUACAAGUAACAAGAAGUUCUAGCUCUUGUACAACUUAUCUAUCAAUUUUGCCAGAAGUUGUGAAGACACUGACACAGUCACAGAAACUACAUAAUCUUGUUGUAUUGAUUUCAACAUCCAUGCCCAGGACUGUCCUCCUCCACGUGCACGUCCACGCCCUUGUUUCUUUCCUCCAGUGAUCCUCCUGACUUUCCUCCCACAAACUUCUAACCUUCGAUACGGGCGAGGUGAAGUACGGUCGCGAUGGUCGCAAGCUGCUUGGAGAUCGCAUGCACUUGCGCAAGUACAAGCUUAGGUUGAGAGGGAUGGACAGCGACGAGUCGGUCUCCAGUGCUGAGAGCGAUCCAGUUCUUACAAGUGAAAAUGAUCCUUAUGUUGACACCGUGAAGAACAAGGAAGGGGUAGAACUAGAAGGAAAAACAGAAGUAGAAGGAAGGAAGGAGCAGUUGUCGAAGGAAAAUUACCGGUUACUUUUUCCUUCGACCUCCACGACUCUAAAGAACCCAGUAGUGCGUACCAAUGAAAGAAUGAAGGAGUGGUCAGUCGACCAUACGACCAUAAAGAGAAAGAAGAUAAUCGACUUUUUUACUAUUCAUAUAGACAUCAUCAACAGCACUAGGAGGCUAAUAUCAAACUAUUCAACAUUCAACUGA